AUGCUGGGGCAGCAGCACUUCACCUCCAAUCCGCUGUGCCGUCUGUCAGACGUGCCUGCGCGUUUUCGUGCGUCAUCGCGGCCGGAUAAUGAGGUCAGCCUGGUGGUGGUGGCGGGGCGCGAGGUGGUAGUGCGCACGCCCGCAGGCGCGCUGGGGCCGGGCGUCCACCAGGACCUGCAGGCGCUGCUGCUGCGGCAGGAUGACCCAGAGCUGCGGCUGGAAGGGGAGCAGAUAGCGCUGGAGUGGGUGCCAGACGACGGCAUGCAAGCAGUGUCCCUGCCGCUCUACCUGCUGGGCCAGGACGUCAGCGGGCGCUGGACAUUCGCACUCGACAUCAGCGCAGCGCGUGACCUUUUCCUGGGGUUCCUGCGGGACUCCUGUGAAUUGGAGGUGGCCAUGAAGGACGUGCGCGUGCUGCUACCAGGCCUCAGCCUUGACGCAUGUGCCAUUGCAGGCCAGGCUGUUGCGCUUUCACAGUGGCAUCAGCCGACCGUGCCCUUUGAGGCGGGGACUCGGCGUCGCUGCAGCGGCCCCGGUGCUCACAAGCUGUACCCGCGCACAGACCCGGUGGUGAUCAUGCUGGUGGAGUCACCAGACGGGACGCGCGCGCUGCUGGGCCGCAGCGCCAAAAGCACGCCCGGCAUGUACACUUGCCUGAGUGGUUUCAUCGACCAGUGCGAAGGCAUUGAGGAGGCGGUGAGGCGCGAGGUCAUGGAGGAGGCGCGCAUCGCCGUCAGCGAGGUUCAGAUUCUCGGGACACAGCCCUGGCCAAUCGGGCGCUACGGCUCCUGCGAGCUGAUGAUUGGGUGCGUGGCCAAGGCGCAGUCCUACGAGGUGCUGCUCAACACCAGCGAGAUGGAGGACGUGCAGUGGUACGAUCGCGCGGAGCUGGCGGCUGCUGUGCAGUGGUACGACAACUCCAUCCCCCUGCAAGAGGCGCAGAAGCGGGGCCCUGGUUUGUCGAGCCAGACAGUGCAGUGA